UCUCUCAUUCUCGCUGUCUCUUCCAAGUCAGUGGACCGAAGCUGCUAAUUUGCUAUCUCCUCAUUUCUCUCUCUCACUUACUAACUCAUUCAGUCACCACCCUUUUCUCAAUUGCAUUCAGCCCAAAGGUUCCUCCUCUUCUUUUUUAGUUCUUCCUUCACUCGUUUUCUUCUUCUGUCUAUCUUCCCCUCUCCGCGUUUUCAAGAUCCAUUCUUUAACAAAAAGUCGAGUGAUAAAUAAGGCCCUCUUUGGUUGGCUGCGAGGUUCUGCAUCAUUUUACCUUUAUUGGCCAUGGAUGAUGAGAAUGCGUUAGAGCUUCUGCAGAGGUACAGAAGGGACAGGAGAGUACUUCUCGAUUUCAUUUUGUCGGGGAGUUUGAUCAAGAAAGUUGUAAUGCCGCCUGGUGCUGUUACACUUGAUGAUGUUGAUCUGGAUCAAGUGAGUGUUGAUUACGUUCUCAACUGUGCAAAAAGAAGUUCGUUGCUGGAGCUUUCGGAAGCUAUUAGAGAUUAUCAUGAUCAUACUGGUUUGCCCCAAAUGGAUUAUGUUGAGAUUUUUCCUCCUGUUGCUGUAUCCACUCCAACUCCUGUUUUUGCCCCAUCCCCGGUUGUUUCAAAUCUGUCAAGAUCAGAGUCUUUUGACUCUACACAUGAAAAAGAGCUAACUGUGGAUGACAUUGAUGACUUUGAGGAUGAUGAUGAUUCUGCAGCAUUAGAAGGUUUCAGGUCCAAAAGGACUCUCAAUGAUGCAUCUGAUCUUGCAGUGAAAUUGCCUUCUUUCUCCACAGGCCUCACAGAUGAUGAUCUACGGGAAACUGCAUAUGAGAUCCUUUUGGCUUGUGCUGGAGCCACAGGGGGUUUGAUUGUCCCAUCCAAAGAAAAAAAGAAAGAGAAAAGAUCCAGUUUGAUUAGGAAACUUGGGCGGAGCAAAACUGGAAGUGUUGUGUCUCAGUCCCAGAGUGCUCCAGGAUUAGUUGGCUUGUUAGAAACCAUGCGUGUUCAGAUGGAGAUAUCUGAGGUGAUGGAUAUUAGAACAAGACAAGGAUUGCUAAAUGCUCUUGUUGGAAAAGUAGGGAAAAGAAUGGACACUCUAUUGAUUCCUUUGGAGCUGCUUUGCUGUAUAUCACGCUCAGAAUUUUCUGAUAAAAAGGCUUUCAUACGGUGGCAAAAGAGGCAGUUAAAAGUUUUGGAGGAGGGGCUUGUUAAUCACCCUGCUGUUGGAUUUGGUGAAUCUGGGCGCAAGACAAAUGAGCUGAGGAUUCUACUGGCAAAAAUUGAGGAAUCUGAGUUUCUCCCUUCUUCAAAUGGUGAACUUCAAAGGACAGAGUGCUUGAGAUCUCUGAGGGAGAUUGCAAUUCCACUUGCUGAGAGGCCAGCUCGGGGUGACUUAACUGGGGAAAUAUGCCAUUGGGCAGAUGGUUACCACUUUAAUGUUAGACUAUAUGAGAAAUUACUUUUAAGUGUAUUUGACAUGCUAGAUGAGGGAAAGCUGACAGAGGAAGUGGAGGAAAUUCUUGAACUUUUGAAGUCAACCUGGCGGGUUUUGGGGAUCACAGAGACAAUUCAUCACACCUGUUAUGCAUGGAUUUUAUUUCGUCAGUAUGUUAUCACAAGUGAGCUGGGACUUUUGCUGCAUGCGAUUGAGCAAUUAAAGAAAAUACCACUAAUGGAGCAACGGGGCCAACAUGAGAGGUUGAACUUGAAAAGCUUGCAUUCCAAAGUUGAAGGUGAACAUGAUAUGUCUUUCUUACAAUCUUUCUUAACACCAAUUCAGAGAUGGGCUGACAAACAGCUUGGAGAUUACCAUCUUCAGUUCAAUGAGGGCCCAACAAUAAUGGAAAAGAUUGUGGCAGUUGCAAUGAUUACCAGGAGGCUUCUGCUGGAAGAACCAGAAACCACCAUGCACUCCUUGCCAAUUAGUGAUCGUGAUCAGAUAGAGAUAUAUAUAUCAUCAUCAAUUAAGAAUGCAUUUGCAAGGACAUUACAAGUUGUUGAAAGAGCAGAUGUAUCGCAUGAGCAUCAUUUGACAUUGCUUGCAGAAGAACUCAAGAAGCUCUUAAAAAAAGAUUCGGGAACUUUUAUGCCCAUUUUAUCUCAGCGGCAUCCUCAGGCAACUGUUGUAUCUGCGUCAUUAGUUCACAAACUUUAUGGCCACAGACUGAAACCUUUUGUGGAUGGUGCUGAACAUCUAACUGAGGAUGUCAUUUCUGUAUUCCCAGAAGCUGAAAGUCUAGAGCAGUUCAUAAUGGCACUUAUUACAUCUUCAUGCCAAGAAGAAAAUGCUGAAAUCUUGUGCAAGAAAUUGAAUCUCUACGAGAUUGAGGAAAAAUCUGGGACACUGGUGUUACGCUGGGUCAAUUCACAGCUUGGAAGAAUUCUAGGUUGGGUGGAGCGGGCUAUUCAACAGGAGAGUUGGGACCCAAUAUCACCUCAACAGCGGCAUGCCAGUUCAAUUGUGGAAGUUUACAGGAUUGUAGAGGAGACUGUUGAUCAAUUUUUUGCUCUUAAAGUACCGAUGAGGUUUACAGAAUUAAAUUGCUUGUUCCGUGGCAUUGACAAUGCUCUUCAGGUGUAUGCAAACAAUGCUGUUAAUGAUUUGGCAAGCAAAGAGGAUUUAACACCACCUGUUCCUAUUCUCACACGAUACAAAAAGGAAGUUGGCAUAAAGGCUUUUGUAAAGAAGGAACUAUUUGAUGCUCGAAUGCCUGAAGAGCCAACAAGGACAAAUGAAAUCAGUGUCCUUGCAACUUCAACACUCUGUGUUCAAUUAAACACUUUAUAUUAUGCAAUUAGUCAUCUGAAUAAACUGGAAGAUAGCAUUUGGGAGCGAUGGACAAGUAAAAGGUCCCAGGAGAAACUCAUAAAGAAAUCCUUAGAUAAGUCCAAAAGUUUUCCUCAAAAGGAUACAUUUGACGGAAGUAGAAAGGCUAUAAAUGCUGCAAUGGAUCGCAUUUGUGAGUAUGCUGGAACCAAAAUCAUCUUCCGGGAUCUUAGAGUUCCAUUUAUAGACAACUUAUACAAACCAAGUGUCUCAGCCUCCAGGAUGGAUGCACUAAUAGAACCACUUGAUAUGGAGCUUAGUCAACUUUGUGACAUUGUUGUGGAGCCUCUCAGGGAUCGCAUAGUGACAAGUCUUCUUCAGGCAUCAUUGGAUGGAUUACUCCGGGUUAUAUUAGAUGGCGGUCCAUCAAGAGUUUUCUUUCCCGGUGAUGCAAAAUUACUAGAGGAAGAUCUGGAUGUCCUAAAGGAAUUCUUCAUAUCCGGAGGUGAUGGGCUUCCUCGAGGUGUUGUCGAAAAUCAGAUUGCACGUGUUCGGCAUGUGAUCAAGUUGCAUGGAUACGAGACGCGAGAGUUGAUUGAAGACUUGAAAUCUGCUAGUGGCAUGGAAAUGCAAGGUGGCAAAAGCAAACUAGGAGCUGAUUCCAAAACACUAUUGAGAAUAUUGUGCCAUAGGAGCGAUUCAGAGGCAUCCCUGUUUCUCAAGAAACAAUACAAGAUACCCAAGUCUUCUGCUUAGUGUAUUGUGUACAAAAAAUGGAAAGGCACAAUUUUCACUUUGAGAUAUAGAUGAUUUGCUGUAUAAUCAGACUACCAGAUCUGGUUUUGUAACUAAUUACAAUGGUAUUAAUCUUCCAUUUGUAAAAUUCGUCCAUGUCAAGACGGUAAGAAUUCAAUUAUUGAAGUUUCAAUUCAUUUAGGAGGGCAGAUUAUUUGUUAAAAAAAUCAGCUUCAUGAUCAAUUACAGUAUCGUGUACAGUUGGCGUGGCGCAA